AUGAGCUCUACAAAUCUUGAAGAGGCCGCCACCGUUGCUGCCGAAUAUAUCUACAGUCUUGAGAACUUGCCUGCUGAGGUACAGUUUCUUUUGUCCGAAAUGAAAGUUAAGGACACGCGAGCACAAGAGCUACACAGCGAGAUUCAGAAAGAGGGCGCAAAAUACGUCCGACACUCUCUGCGUGCACCCCCGGGCCAGCAGCUGACUGCAAAGGACGUGUCGAUCCCGUCCAUUGUGUCCGCGCAAUACGCCGAGAUUGACCAGCUGAGCUUCGAGAAGGAGCAGCUCGCGCAGCGCGUCGUGCAGCUCGUCGCACGCGCGCAAGCCCGGCUCGAUCGUGACCUCGGCAAAAUGCUCGCGCUCCAGGGCGAGCCGCCCGUUGAUCCGACGCCAGCGUACUACUACUACGGCGCGUCGCGGAACCCCGUCGCGCAGCUCAACGAGAGCCUCCGGAGUGCGAUCGCGAUACCGGAGACCCCUUCGACGCCUGUCAGCAGCACUGUGCAGGCAGGGCCUCCGCAGAAGAGUAAGUUAGGCGCUUCACGCGUUAUACGGUUGAAUCAAUUGUCGCCUGCAGAGCGUCGGCUGGGCGGGACUGCCUCUGCAGGGUCCAUCAAGCUUCCGAGCCCCGCCCCCGCAACGGUGCCCCCCGCGACAGGAACUGGUGCCGCAGGGCAACGCUCGCGCCUUGGCCAGCAGGUCAUGACAGGGCGCGGGCGACGCGCGACGGCGUCUGUCGGGCCAGAGGCGGACGAGGACGCGGAAGGCGAGGACGAUGUCGAAGACGAGGCGAUGGAAGAGAACGGCGACCAGGAGGACGAGCAGGUUUACUGCUUCUGCCAGAAGUUAUCCUACGGCGAGAUGGUCGGCUGCGACAACGAGGACUGUCGGUAUCAAUGGUUCCAUCUUAAUUGCGUCAACCUCAAACCGCCACUGCCUGAUCAGUGGUACUGUCCAGAGUGUGCGCCAAAAUUUGCAAAUGGCGGGUCUGCUGGUCCAGAGCGGCGCAAGGGUAGGAAGAGGCAGUAA